GGGCUACAUCCCGCCCUCUAAUUAAAGCUGCUAUUUUCCUGCAUUUCUUCAUCAUGCUGCCAAACCACAUGAGCUGGAAGAAUCACAUCAUUAAAUAGGGCUCAGCUGGGAUCCUCCAGAUCUGUAUUGGGAAGGGACAGUGCCGUGUGCGCGGGGAAGAUCUACGAGGAAGCUUGACAUGGGACUGGGUGAAAUGGUGGGUGUGGGGCACCCCAACAAUAACCCCGUUCCCAGAUCCAGCUGGACUGUACUGGCCAUCCUUACCAUCGUCAUUCUGAUCCUUUGCGGCCACAGCCAUGCAAAAAUUUGCCCAAGCAUGGAUAUUCGGAAUAACCUGACAAAGUUGUAUGACUUGGAGGACUGCACUGUUAUUGAAGGUCAUCUACAGAUUUUGCUAAUGUUUAACACCAAACCAGAACAUUUUAAAGGGUUAAGAUUUCCCAAUCUUACUAUGAUAACGGACUACCUCCUUCUCUUUCGAGUUUACGGUCUGCAAAGUCUAAAAGACCUAUUUCCAAAUCUCACAGUCAUCCGAGGUACUCGACUCUUUUUCAACUAUGCCUUGGUCAUUUUUGAGAUGCUUGAUCUAAAGGAGAUUGGUCUGCACAGCCUUAUGCGCAUAACCAGAGGCUCUGUGAGGAUUGAGAAGAACUAUGAGCUGUGUUACCUUUCUACCAUUGACUGGUCAAAAAUCCUGGACACUGUUGAAGACAACUAUAUCAACCUCAACAAAGAUAAUAAGGAGGAAUGUGGGGAUGUUUGCCCUGGUGCUAUAAAGGGAAAGAGCAGUUGUCCAUCUACAAUAAUUAACUCAGUUUUUGGUGAGCGCUGCUGGACCCAGGAUCACUGUCAAAGAAUUUGCCCUGCUAGAUGUAAGCACCAAGUCUGUACCCGUGAUAAUCGAUGCUGCCACAGUGAGUGCCUCGGAAGCUGUACAGAGCCUGAUGACCCCUUUAAAUGUGUAGCAUGCCGAAAUUUCCUGCAUCAUGGGGAAUGCGUGGAGACUUGUCCUCGAGGCUUUUACAACUUGCUUGGGUGGAGAUGCAUUACCUUCAAUGAAUGCCAAGAACUGCACAAUAGAAGUCGAAAUUGUCUGGACAACUCUUGCCCUCAGUAUGUUACUCACAAAGGAGAGUGCAUAUCAGAGUGCCCAUCUGGCUACACCACUAAUUCUACCACCUUGACAUGUGAGCCCUGUGCAGGACCCUGUCCAAAGAUCUGCACCGUCCAUGGUAAGGAGAAGGUCAUAGAUUCGGUUACAUCGGCACAAGAACUUCGAGGUUGUACUGUAAUUAGUGGAAAUUUGUCCAUCAAUAUACGAGGAGGCAAUAACAUUGCCACAGAGCUAGAAGCAAACCUUGGUCUCAUAGAAGAGAUUACUGGAUACCUUAAAAUUAGACGAUCUUAUGCUUUGGUAUCUUUGUCAUUCUUCCGUAAGCUACGAGUAAUAAGAGGUGAUACACUGGAAACCGGUGAUUAUGCCUUCUAUGCACUAGACAAUGCCAAUCUGAGACAGCUUUGGGACUGGCAGAAGCACAAUUUAACAAUUCUUAAAGGAAAGCUCUUCUUUCAUUUCAACCCACGUCUCUGUCUACAAGAAAUUUUUGAAAUGUUCAGAAUCACUGGAGCUAAAGAUCGACAGGACAAAAAUGAUAUUCCAACUAAGACUAAUGGGGAUCAGGCAUCAUGUGAGAAUGAUGUUCUACGCUUUAACUAUAUAAAAGCCAGCUAUGAUAAAGUGCUGAUUAAAUGGGACGCUUACUGGCCACCUGAUUACAGAGAUUUGCUGGGGUUCAUGUUUCACUACAAGGAAGCACCUCACCAAAAUGUGACAGAGUUUGACGGUCAAGAUGCUUGUGGAUCCAAUAGCUGGACAGUAGUUGAUGUGGAUCCCCCACAACGCACAACAGAUGACAAGACAGUAAUGGCUCCAGGGUAUCUUUUACGUAAUCUGAAGCCAUGGACACAGUAUGCAGUGUUUGUGAAGACUCUAGUGUCUUCUUCAGACGAAAGGGCAAAAUCAUAUGGAGCAAAAAGUGAUAUUAUCUAUAUUCGAACAAAUGAAACAAUACCCUCUGUCCCACUUGAUCCCAUUUCCGUGUCCAACUCAUCAUCUCAGAUCAUUCUUAAGUGGAAACCACCAUCCGAGCCCAAUGGAAAUGUCACGCACUAUCUAGUGUUUUGGCAGGCGCAACCAGAGGACAGUGAGCUGCGUGACCUGGAUUACUGUAUGAAAGGGAUAAAGUUGCCUUCAAGGACAUGGUCACCUCCUCAGGAUAUAGAUGACUCUGCUAAACCCAAUAGAACAGACAGCGAAGAUACAAAAAAAGCCUGUUGUUCAUGUCCAAAAAGUGAUGCUCAAAUCCAGAGUGAACAUAAUGACCUGGCUUUUAGGAAAACAUUUGAGAAUUAUUUGCACAAUGAAGUAUUCAUUUCAAGACCUUUUAGAAAACGUCGUGAUACUUUUGGUGUUGCAAAUGGUACCUCAGCUGAUCAAAUUACACCCACCCCUCCUUCUAAUGUCACCACAACUGGAGUUCCUAUUCCCCCGGAGCCAAAGAAGUUUUCUCAGAGGGUUUGGUUUAAGGAGUCAUUUGUCAUCUCUGACCUGAAGCAUUUCACGGCCUAUCGAAUUGAGAUCCAUGCAUGCAAUCAUGAUAUAUUAGUGGGCUGUAGUGUUGCUGCAUACGUCAGUGCCAGAACCAUGCCGGAAGCAAAGGCUGAUAACAUUGUGGAGCCAGUUACCUAUGACUAUACAGAACCAAACAUUUACUUGAAGUGGAAGGAGCCAAAAAAUCCCAAUGGCUUGACCAUUUUGUAUGAGGUACAAUACUCCCGUCUUGGAGACACGCUGGAGAAUGUCUGUGUGUCCCAGAAACAGUACCUUCUUGAUAAGGGAGCAAAAUUGCGCGCUCUCCCUGGAAACUACAGUGUGAGAGUCCGAUCGACCUCACUGGCUGGCAAUGGGUCUUGGACACAAACCACAUACUUUAAUGUGCCAGACCAAAAACACAGCACAAGGAGCAUACUGAAUAUUCUUGUUGGCCCAGUCAUCAUACUCAUUAUUUUCCUAAUUGUCCUGACUGUCUGCAUGAUACAGAAAAAGAAAGAUGCAGAAGGCCCAACGGGACCACUCUAUGCUUCAUCUAAUCCAGAAUAUUUAAGCGCAAGUGAAGUGUACAUUCCAGACGAGUGGGAAGUGCCACGAGAAAAGAUCAUCUUGCUCCGAGAAUUAGGGCAAGGUUCCUUUGGAAUGGUGUAUGAGGGGAAUGCUAAGGACAUAAUAAAAGGAGAAGCUGAAGUACGUGUUGCUGUGAAAACUGUGAAUGAGACUGCAAGUCUUCGGGAGAGGAUAGAGUUCCUGAAUGAAGCCUCCGUCAUGAAGGGAUUUAGCUGCCACCAUGUGGUUCGUCUUAUAGGUGUUGUCUCCAAAGGUCAGCCUACACUGGUCGUUAUGGAGCUCAUGGGCCACGGAGAUCUGAAAAGUUACUUGCGCUCACUGCGCCCUGAUGCUGAGAAUAAUCCAGGCCGUCCAGCUCCCACCAUACAAGAAAUUAUUCAGAUGGCUGGAGAGAUUUCUGAUGGUAUGGCUUAUCUCAAUGCCAAAAAAUUUGUUCAUCGUGAUUUGGCUGCUCGAAACUGCAUGGUUGCAGAAGAUUUCACUGUGAAAAUUGGAGAUUUUGGGAUGACUCGUGACAUCUAUGAGACCGACUAUUAUCGAAAAGGUGGAAAAGGGCUGUUACCAGUCAGAUGGAUGUCCCCUGAAUCUCUGAAAGAUGGAGUGUUCACCACCUUCUCAGAUGUCUGGUCAUUUGGUGUAGUGCUGUGGGAAGUAACAACUUUGGCUGAACAGCCCUAUCAGGGCCUAUCUAAUGAGCAGGUCCUCAAGUUUGUUAUGGAUGGAGGGUCGCUGGAACAACCAGAAAAUUGUCACCCUAGACUCCACAGUCUGAUGCAGAUGUGUUGGCAAUAUAAUCCCAAGAUGAGACCUACUUUCUUGGAGAUCAUUGAUAUGCUAAAGGAUGACCUCCAUCCAAGUUUUCAGGAGCUGUCCUUCUACUACAGUGAUGAAAAUAAGCCUCCUGAAACAGACGAUCUGGAGAUGGAUUUUGAAAAUAUGGAGAGCACCCCUCUGGAUCCAUCUUCCUGUUCAUUACGGGAUGAGGGACAACGAGGAAAUAUCUAUGAGGAACACAUCCCCUACACCCACAUGAACGGGAGUAGGAAAAAUGGACGUAUUCUGUCUCUGCCUCGUUCCAGCCCAUCCUAACACACAGAGCCGCCCCCUGUUGAAAACAUAACUAUCCUCCGUCAAAUCUCAGGACAGAACUGUACCCAUGGCUAAAACAUGAAACCGUCAUCGCCCUCUUCAGGUUUUGAUUGUUUCCUUGCCCCAUCGGGUGCUUGACGUUUUUUGUCUUGUGCUUUUGGAUGUUUUUUUUUUUGGACAGUUUGACUGUAGGGCAAAACUGUGAACAGACAAAACAAGGUGGAAAACUCCAUUUGAAUCAACUACACUUUAUUACCUAUUUAUUUCCAGUGGCUUUUUACUAUCAAGGAAAAGGUGUGCUAUGCAUAAAGUAAGAAAGGUUUCUAAAUAAUUUGAAAGCACAUGCCAAAGCAUGACCUGAUACUCUACAAGAAGGCAAAAUUAAAAAUGACACUUUCUUUGUGUAAUGGAUUAAGGCUGCUGAAACCUUAAUCAUUGUUGUGAAGCUGUCUAAGCUCAAUUUGAGGUUGUAUGACCAUAGAGUCUUAUCCUGUUUUGCCAUUGGAAAAAUCACAUGCAAAAAGCUAUUCGGUAAGAAAUGAGCGGAAAGGACUCGCUUGCAUGGAAUGUUUAACAAGGUGAUGUUCGUGUACCUUAUAUGUUGCUCCAUCUUCCACUCAUCUUCUGACCUGCUGAGUUUCCCCAAAAGUAAUACUUUUUGAACUUUUCCAACGAGGUGCAUAAACUGUGCUCCUGUGAUUUAUUUUCUCGCUGCAACAAAUUCAUUUGGUUUCCUGUUAUUCACGGAAUGCUCAAGAAUCUCCAGUGGUGGGCCCAGUUUUUCUCAUUAGAACAGAAACAAGUCUUUGGGAUGGUUGAUAUUUUGUUCUGUCAAAUGUGUUCUUAAUCAGACCAAAAAGGGAGUCUCGCCAUCCCCUUCCCUCCAAGCAAAA